ACCGCGGCUCACCGCGGCCGGUUUCGGCACCAAGCGCAUUAAACCGACGGUAAUAUUUUCUCACACCGCUCUUCCGACGCACACACACCCUUCACAUCCAACAGACUACUCGACACAAUUCAAACACCAUGCCUGCAGUGGUCGGCAUAGCAUGGGCAACGUAUGCUGUGGUCGCAGCAGGACUAUUCGUCUUUAGUGCUGGGUUUACCCGCCAUUAUCAGAACAAACACGAAUCCGAAUGGUUCGCUACAGCGGUCACCAUUAUCGCUUUGGGACUUGUUUUUUGUACGCUAGCAUUACUGCCCAUUGACAUCUUUCUUGUUUCUUCGACCGUCGACAGUCAUACAGGACUGAAAAAGGAAUGGGCGUCACCCGACAUUAUGCGAACCAUCACCUUUACCGUUCAACUUGUCUAUUACAUCUUUUACGGCUUGAUCGCUCUAUUCAGCUUUCUCUUGAUUCCUUUUGCCUACUUCUAUUUCGAAGAAUACGACGACGAGCAGCCUCUUCGAGAAAGGAUUACGGGUGCAUUGAAAUACACAUCCUUCUUUAUCAUCAUUUCCACGUUGCUGUUCUUGUGUGGUCUCUUCUUGAAGCCGUCACAGACAACACCACAUCUUGAUCUUGAUUGGUUUAAAAAACUACUCAUCGAAAGCAAUGGAGAAAAGGCAAUUGCAUUCAUGAUCGCCUGCCUCAUUCUUCUUGGUAUGCUCGUGUUCAUUGGAUAUACGGCACCUGGUUUAUCGAUCUUGCCCUUGAAUAUGAUCAAGGGUCGACGACACCUUGAAGCGGAGUCCGAGGAUGUGGAAAAUCGACUUGUCGCAGUGCAGCAUCAGCAACAUGUUCUUCAAACCAAAUAUGGACGACCCAAUCGACGCAUCACCGCCAAAGAACAACGUGAACUGGAAAUGUUGGAAGAUGAAGAAAGAAUAUUGACUCGACGAUUACGCGGCAUCAACCAAGACAAGGCCAGCAUUUGGCGACAGAUUUUAAAGGUUAUAAGACCCUUUGAGUUUCUUUUGGGAUUCGCUUUGCUGGGUUUGACCUGGGUGGUUGUGAUCUCAAUCUUUUUAACCAUUGUGGACAAGGUGUCCAAUUCCAUCUGCGGUGGUGAAUGCGGUUUCAUCAUCAGUCAUCCAAAACUGUUUAAUCCCAUCAAUUUUAUUUUCGUCAACUUGUCCAAGGUGUUUCCCUUGGAUUACAUCUUUAUGGUACUGCUGAUCUUGUACUUUUUUUUGGCAACCAUGUCUGGAGUUAUCUGCAUUGGCGUGCGAGUACUGUGGGUGACGCUGUAUCGAAUUGGUAAAGGAUCCACUGCACCUCAGGGGUUACUGUGCUCCACCGUUCUGUUGAUGCUCAGCCUGCUGGCUUUGAAUUACACGCUCACAACAACGGUGGCACCCGGUUAUGCACAUUUUGGAAGUCAAGUCUAUUGUAACCAUACGAUAGGAGACCGACGUGAUUGCAGUAGUGAUGCCGAUCAAAUUCUGCCUUGUGACAUUGAUGGACCGACAGACAUAUGCACACCGACGGUUUCAUCUACAUUGAUUGACCGGAUUACGGUGAAUACGCCGUUCUUUGGUAUGGUGUAUUACUACGCUCAGUGGGCUUUCUUGGGAGUGUUUGCUCUUGGAUUUGUGAUUGCGGUUUUCCGACGACCAAGAAAUAACGUGGAAGCGGAAUCGGAGGAUCUCAUUGAUGCAGAAGAAGAGCGGGGUUUGUUAACCGGAAGUCGGCCACGACAAUUGUAUGACAGCAACCAUAACAACAACAACAGCAGUUAUUAAUUUUUUUUUUCUUUGCCGUGCGCGUGUAAAUGAACCGGAUAAUUCAGAAUAAUUCGUUUAAACGGAAAAGGCAAGAAGAGCUUUUUUUGGGCGAUGGUGGUGGAUCAGUGUCAUGCAUGCAUGCAGGAUGCAUCGUGUGUGGAUGAGGAUGUUCUCCUUAAUUUGUGACAUCGUACCGGCUCAUCUCAUUUCUUUGCAGCGCUGGCAGAAAAAAAAGGAAAAAAGAAGAAGCAAAAGAGACAGUGCCAGGCGCCCUACUGUACGCCAUGCUUUGUUCUCCAAAUGACGCGCACUGGCAUUUCCAUCGACGGAAGAUGGAUGCAAUACAUGAUGCUAAAGGAGUAAUGUGCGUGUGUGAGCGGGGGAUUUUCUUUUGGAGGGAUUUUUCUUUUUUUGUGUGGAUGGUGUUGUUGUGAUGAUAAUGUGAAUAAUAGUAGACAGCACCAACAAUGGACCAUAAAUUGAUGUCAAGCAAG